GGAGUGGACUAGGACACGUCGACCAUUGCAGUCUCACGCUCUCACAUCACGGGCUAUCUCGAGCUCCAAUUAAUCCGCCAGCUACCUCGCUACUCUAGUUCUGGUCUUGUUGCUUGCGUCCGAGAUCGAUGGAAGCGUACGCGGUAAUGCCCUCGCCACAGACGAUAGCCAUGGGCGUGGACAAGCUCAGCUACGAGAUCUUCUCCCUGCUGGAGAGCAAGUUCCUCUUCGGCGCCGGCGCCGGGUGCCUGUCCUGUCCCGGGACGCCGGCAAGAGCGUUUCUUCACGGUGGACGCGUGCGAGUGCUGGCCAUCGACGGCUGCGGCGCGGGCGCCGAGGACGCGCUCCUGGCCGCCGCGGCGCUCGCCCGGCUCGAGUCCGGGCUGCGCGAGCAAGCCGGGGACCCUGACGCUCGCGUGGCCGACUUCUUCGACGUCGCGGCGGGCGCCGGUUCCGGCGGUGUGCUGGCGGCGAUGCUGUUCCUGAGAGGACCCGACGGGCGGCCGCGGUACACGGCCCAGGAGGCGCUCGCGUUCGUGGCCGGGAGAGUCGGGAGGAAGGACUGGAGCGGCCGGCGCGGGCGGUGGGCAAAGCUGUUCCGCGGCGCGCAGAGCGGGGAACAGUCGCUCCGGCGUGUGUUCGGCGACGCGACGCUGAAGGACACCGUGGCGCCGCUGCUCGUGCCGUGCUACGACCUCGCCACGGCCGCGCCCUUCAUGUUCUCGCGCGCCGACGCCGUCGAGAGCGACAGCUUCGACUUCCGCCUCCGCGACGUCUGCGCCGCCACCUGCGCCGCGGGCGGCACGCCCGCGGCCGUGAGGUCCGUCGACGGUCUCACGGCCAUCGCCGCAGCGUCCGGGGGUGUGGCGGUCAUGGGCAACCCUGCUGCCGCAGCCAUCACGCACGUGCUGCACAACAAGCAGGAGUUCCCUCUCGCCACCGGCGUCGAAGACAUCCUCGUACUCUCCAUCGGCACCAGCGCCGCCGCCACCAUCUCCGGCGGGUCGAACACGCCAAUGCCGACACGUUCUCCGUCGCCGCGGGAGCUGGCGCGCGUCACCGCGGAGGGCGUCGCCGACAUGGUGGAUGAAGCAGUGGCCAUGGCGUUCGGGCACACGGCCGGAAGCAACUACGUGCGCAUCCAGGCUGGCAAGGUACCGACGCCCCUCCACGCAGAGACGGCGGCCGCGGCCGCUGGAGCGAUGCUGGCACAGCGGAACGUGGAGUCAGUGCUCUUCCGCGGGCGGAUGCUGUCGGAGCGGACGAACGCCGAGAAGGUGGACGCUCUCGCCGCGGAGCUGGUGAAGGAGCAGGAGCGGCGGCGACGCAGCCCGCUCCCGAACGUGGCCAUCAAGCAGGUCGCCACGCCGCGGCUGUCAUCGGCGACCACCGCGUCGUCGGGCACCGCGACGGCCAGGACCGCGUCGACGAUGCCGUCGCCGGCGUCGUGGGAUUCUCGCCGGUAGUUGAGUUAGCUAGGCCGUGACGUGACAAGGAUCUUUCGUGUACAUGCAUGUCACUGGCAAGCCGCGUUCUUUGUUCUCCGACAAUGAGCCACUGACGUGUGGGGCGCAAGUUUGGAAAUGGGAUUUCGUUCACAAGAA